AUGUCUCCGCCGUUGUUCAGCCUGCAGGAGGCGAGGAAUAAAUUUACGAAUGUCACCAGAGAAGCUGUGGCUAGUAAGAACACCAAGCAUUUGUUGGCUGCAUUUAGCCAGGCGGCUGGAAGUGAAAAUGAGAAAAAGCUGACGCUUGACCAAGUUUUCCGAGUUGUUUUGGAGGAGGAAAUUAUUAACAAAGCAUCUUGUGACAACUGUCUUGCAAUUAUUUCACUUGCCAUCAAUGGAGUUACAGAAGGUAUUUGUACAGCUACCACACCUUUUGUACUCCUGGGUGAUGUCCUUGACUGUCUUCCUCUGGACCACUGCGAUAGAAUCUUCACGUUUGUUGAGAAAAAUGUUGGAACAUGGAAAUCCAUUACAUUUUAUUCAGCUGGCAAAAACUACUUGCUACGGAUGUGUAAUGACCUUUUGAGGAGACUCUCCAAGUCACAGAACACAGUGUUUUGUGGGAGGAUUCAGCUAUUUCUUGCCCGCCUCUUUCCACUUUCAGAAAAAUCUGGUUUGAAUUUGCAGAGCCAGUUUAACCUGGAGAAUGUCACCGUGUUCAAUGUCAAUGAGAGUGAGAGCACUCUGGGACAGAAACAAGUGGAGGAUAGGGAUGAUGGAAUGGAAAUUGAGGAGGGUGAAAUGGGGGAUGACGAAGCCCCUAACAGUUCGUCAAUUCCCAUAGACUACAACCUAUAUAGAAAGUUUUGGUCGCUGCAGGACUUUUUCAGGAAUCCAGUACAGUGCUAUGACAAGAGCUUCUGGAAGACAUUUCUUAAGUAUUCCGAGGAAGUUAUUGCAGUAUUUAAGAGUUACAAGCUGGAUGAUACUCAGGCAUCACGAAAAAAAAUUGAGGAGCUGAAAUCUGGAGGUGAACAUGUAUACUUCGCUAAGUUCCUGACAAGUGAAAAGUUAAUGGAUUUACAAUUGAGUGACAGCAACUUCCGUCGACAUAUCUUGGUGCAGUACCUUAUAUUGUUCCAGUACUUAAAAGGCCAAGUAAAGUUUAAGAGCUCUAACUAUGUGCUGCUAGAUGAGCAGUCUCUUUGGAUUGAAGAUACCACCAAGCUUGUUCAUCAGUUACUAUGUGAGAUUCCCCCUGAUGGAGAGAAGUUUUCAAAAAUGGUGGAGCACAUACUAAACACAGAGGAGAACUGGAAUUCAUGGAAAAAUGAAGGCUGCCCAAGUUUCGUGAAAGAGAGACAACAAGACAGCAAACCACUGAAACUAGCAAAAAACGUCCAGCCCCUGAGGAGUUUCUGGGCAAAGGUUCAAAUAAAAAGAUCUUAAUGGGAAAUGAUGAAUUAACCCGACUGUGGAAUCUUUGUCCAGACAACAUAGAGGCAUGCAAAUCAGAAAGCAGAGAGUUUAUGCCAACGCUGGAACAGUUUUUUGAAGAGGCCAUUGAACAGGCAGAUCCUGAAAACAUGGUAGAAAACGAAUACAAAGUAGUGAACAACUCAAAUUAUGGCUGGAGGGCAUUGAGACUAUUGGCUCGUAGAAGUCCUCACUUUUUCCAACCUACCAAUCAACAGUUUAGGAGUUUACCAGAAUAUCUGGAGAAUAUGGUGAUUAAGUUAGCCAAGGAAUUGCCACCCCCAUCAGAGGAAAUAAAAACAGGAGAGGACGAAGAUGAGGAUGAUGAAGACAAUGAAUCUUUAUUAAAGGAAAACAAUGAAAGUCCAGAAGUCCAGCAACAGAAUCCAGUCUCUGGGGAGCUGAUAGAAGCACUUGCCAGCAAGCUUGGAGAGCACUGGAAAACACUGGCCCCUUACUUAGAAAUAAAAGACUCAGACAUUAAGGUUAUUGAAUCGGAUAGUGAAGAUGUUAAAAUGAGGGCAAAAUUGUUACUGGUCGCCUGGCAAGAUCGGGAAGGAGCUCGUGCUACCACUGAGAAUCUUAUUUCCGCUUUGAAUCAGGCUCAUUUAAAUGAACUGGCAGAAAACCUAGCCAGUGAUGCAGAAAAUUGCACAUGA